UCUACCACACGUCUCAAUGUAGUGAUAUUAAGUCUGUUAGCUUAAAAAAGAGAGAGAGACAUGAAAUGAAGACAGAAGACGCAUUUUGGAGAAUUUGGAUGAUUUUAGUAGAUCUGUAGGGAAAAGUGAAGAAGGUCUUAUAGAAACUCCUAUCGGAAUUAGACAAGCUCUUCGCUUUCCAAACAUGCUUUAUCUUCUCGUUCUAGGAAUAGUGGUGCCAUGCAGUUUCCAACAAGAGAGCCCUAGCCGCUGUGAUGAGCACAGCAUUAUUCAGUAUUCCACUCCCUGCACUGCCUGUGCUGCAGCCUCUACAGUGACAUGUCCAAGGGGCUUCAGGAAGAUCACCACAGACACGGGGAAUGCAAACUGCAGUUAUAAUGUGCAGAUUGGACAGCGCACAUUUAACCUACCCGGCUGCUCCCACACCUGCAUAAAAACGGUCACAGAACGUAGAUGCUGCCCAAAUUUCUGGGGCCCUCGGUGUCUGCCCUGUCCUAGUUGGUCAGGCAAGGCAUGUAACUGGCAUGGCACCUGUUUGGAUGGAACCACAGGAAAUGGUACCUGUGUAUGCAAGAGUGGGUUCAGUGGUUUGGCAUGUCAAGAAUGCACAAACAAAAAUGCUUAUGGAGAACACUGCAAUUCAGGAUGUAUCUGUGUGAAUGGAGACUGUAACUCUGGACCAGAUGGUGAUGGAGAGUGCUAUUGUCAACCACCAUUUUCAGGACCCAAGUGUGACAUUGUAUCUGAAUCAUGUAAAAACUGCACUGACUAUCAUUACUGCAAAGGAGAGGGUGCAGGUGCUGUAUGUGAAUGUCGUCCAGGCUUUAAGAGGAUUGGUCGCAUUUGUGCACUUGUAUGUGUUCCUGGCUCCUGUGAUAAGAAUGCAGAGUGCUUAGUCAAAGCUGGACGCUUUGAGUGUAAAUGCAAACAGGGUUAUGAGGGUGAUGGCAAAGUAUGUGUCCCUGUGGAUCCCUGUGCACUAAACCAUGGGGGCUGCCCGGCCGACUCCACCAUCUGUGACUAUAAAGGUCCAGGCCAGGUUGUAUGUUCUUGUUUGAGUGGAAUGGAGAGCUCUAACCCUUCUGCUGGCUGUGUUAUGAAGUCUGCCUGUACUGACAGCACUUGUCACAGUAGUUCCCUGUGCCAGACUGGACAGGAUGGGAUUGCCAGGUGCAUAUGCAGUGCCCAGCAAGUUGGUGAUGGAUAUCGUUGCUUUGGCACAAUCAUGGAGAGGAUUGUGGAAUUGAACCAUGCUGGGAACUUUACUGGUGCCAUCCAAUUAUUUAGGAAAGGAUGUGAAUUAAGCUUGAGCCAGCGGGGGCCAUUUACAGCUCUUGUGCCUUAUCUGCGCUUUUCAUUACCAGGAGUGUCUGAGUCCUCCCUGUGCAAACACCACCUCAUAUUGGGCCAGUAUCUCUCCAGUGAGCUUAAGGGCAAAGACAUAUGGACAUAUAGUGGAGAGACAAUCAGGUUCAAAACUGAAAAGGAAUUUAUCUUCAUGAGGGACCCAGACACUUUGUUUACAAUAAAGGAAAGUAAUAUUGUUGCAUCUAAUGGAAUAAUUCAUAUAAUCGACAAGCCCAUCACAAAUCUUCCAGCUGAUGCUUCAAACAACAUCCAGUUUGCCAGCAAGACUAUUGGAGACAUCCUUGCAGAAGACACUAAAUUUAAUCGAUUUGUAUCUCUAAUUGACAAUUGUGGCGCAUCCAUGCCCCUAAGAGGUCCUGGACCAUUAACAGUGUUUGUUCCCACAAAUAAUGCAAUCGACAGAUUCAGGGAUGGCAGUGUCUUGUACAUGCUAACAGAUGCCAGACACAAGCUGCAAGAACUUCUAAAGCACCACAUGUUCUCAGAGGCAGCGCUCACAGUGGACCAACUGGCAAGUAUGCCUGCGAUUCAUACCAUGGCCAAGCAAGUGAUCAACAUCAAAAUCACCAAUGAUGGAAGAAUUUUGUUAGGUGAAAAAGAAGCACCCCUUGAGACAAGGGAUAUUAUUGCAUCCAAUGGGGUCAUCCAUCUCAUUGAUGGAGUCCUUGUCCCAUCCUCCAUUGUCCCUAUAUUGCCACAUAGAUGUGAUGUCAAUGAAAGCAAGAUCAUUCAAGGUCCAUGUGUGCGGUGUAGUUAUCUUUUCAGCACUGAAUGCCCUUCUGGAAGCACAGAGCUGGAAAAACAUUUGAAGGGUUGUGAAGCUCCCCCUGUACCUCCGUUUUCUACCACCAAGAUCAUGGGAUGUGCCAAAUAUUGUACUGUUACCAAAACGAGACCAGAAUGCUGUAAAGGAUUCUAUGGGCCAGACUGCAAACCUUGUAUUGGAGGCUUCACUCAUCCCUGUUAUGAUAAAGGAAUUUGCCUUGAUGGUAUCCAAGGCAAUGGCAGCUGCCAGUGUAACCCAGGCUUCACAGGGAUAGCCUGCCACAUCUGCUCAGAUCCCAACAAACAUGGAGAAAAUUGUGAUGAAGACUGCCAUUGUGUGCAUGGUGAAUGUGACAACAGACCAAACAGCCAGGGGAUCUGUAUAAGCGGCUCCUGUCUGGAAGGGUACUCAGGGGAUCUCUGUGAUAAGGUGGCCACUCCCUGCAACUCUGAUGGUGUUUUUGAACACUGUCACAUCAAUGCCUACUGCAGUUACAGUGGCAGUAACACUAUAUGUUUGUGUAGACCAGGUUAUGAGGGUGAUGGACACUCCUGCACUCCUGUUAACCUCUGCUUGAAGCCUGCCAGAGGAGGCUGUGACUCAAAUGCCCAGUGUAUGUAUAAUGGCCCAGGCAACAUAUCAUGUAUAUGCAAUGAGGGUUGGACGGGAGAUGGUGCGGUCUGUGUUGAAAUCAAUAACUGCCUGCUGGAAAGUCGAGGAGGCUGCCAUAAAAAUGCAGAAUGUGUGUCCACUGGCCCUGCACAGAAUGAUUGCUCCUGCAAGAAGGGAUACAUGGGAGAUGGAAUUUUGUGCAUCAUGGCAAAUCCCUGUCUAAAGAACAAUGGAGGUUGCCAUGAACUGGCAACAUGCAAGCAGAAUGGUAGUGGAUUACGUACUUGUGUUUGCCCAGAAAACUACCAGGGUGAUGGGAUCUCAUGCUUUGGUAGCAUGCUGAUGGAACUGGAUGGGAAUUUUGAAUUCUAUAAUUUCAAUCGUUUAAUUCAGACAUCCCAUUUAUAUCUUGAUGGAAAUAUCACAGCUUUGGUGCCCUCCAGAAGUGCUUUCAAAAAUUUAAGCAGUGCUGAAGGGACUUUUUGGUUUGACUAUUACAGACUUCCACACCUUCUAAAAGCACACUUUUUAGAUGGUGUGUUUUCCUAUGAGGAUUUACAACAGCAUGUCAACAAGCAACUACCAACUCUUCAGACAAACACAAAAUGGGACAUCAAAAACAUGAGUGGAGAGAUUGUGGUAGGAAAUGCGACCAUUCUUGUUCCUGACAUGCCAGCAGUGAACGGAUACAUCCAUAUCAUCAACACAGUACUGAGACCUCCAAUUUCAGCUCUUCCUCCUGUGCCACCUGACCUCAUGGACUUUCUGAACAAGACACCUAUGUUUAGCCUUUUUAGAAAAGCUGCACUACAUUUAAACUUAACAGAUAACAUAUCAAAAGAAGGCCACACUCUUCUCAUUCCAUUUGAUAGUGCCAUUGAGGAAUUCUUGAAAAAGACCAACUCUACAGAAUUGGGUGAAGAUGUAUUCAAAUAUCACAUCAUACCCGAUGAGCAGAUUUUCCCUGAUCACAUAAGGGAUGGGACUUUAAAAAGCACACUACUUGGAAAAUCAUAUCACAUCAUGUUCCAUAUUAAUGGUACAAAUCAGACACUGGCAAAUGAAGUUCCUCUGGAUGGAACAUUUAAUGAAACUAGACGGGGAGUCGUCAUUGGAAUCCCACAAGUUCUUGAGAUUCAUAAGAACCGCUGUAGCAAGGAUGUGUUUCUGGAAGUUUCGGGGCGAUGUGUGGCUUGUGAUUCAACACCUAAGUGCUACAGUGGUGCCAAUCCAUUGAAAGAAAAGUUCCCACCUAAUAUGAAGUCGAACUGUAAAUACAGAAAGAAGGUGGGAACCAAAAGGAAAUCUGUGAAAGGCUGUUCGAUUAAGUGCUUGAAAAAAACAUCAGAUCACUCAUGUUGUCCAGGCUAUUAUGGACAUGAAUGUUUUAAAUGCCCAGGAAAGAUAGACAAUUGGUGCUCUAACAAUGGAUUGUGUAUGGAUGGUGUGCAAGGCACUGGAGAAUGUAAAUGUAAUGAGGGAUUUCAUGGGACUUCUUGUGAAAAGUGUCAGGUAGGACGAUAUGGAAGUGAUUGCAAGUCAGAGUGUAAAUGCAACCUGGCAAAUGGCAAAUGUAUGGAUGGAAUAGAUGGUGAUGGGACAUGUGUCUGUCUUAAACACUGGAAAGGAGAAAAUUGCACUAUUGACAUUGGGCAAGAUAAGUGUGAAGGAAAAUGUAAUGACAACGCCAAUUGUAUUUCAAAUGAUGGAGGAAGACCAACGUGUUCUUGUGUAGCUGGCUACAAAGGAAAUGGAUCAUUUUGUGAAGCAAUCAACUUGUGUGAGUCUCAUAAUGGUGGCUGUUCACCAUAUGCAAAUUGCAAAAAUAUCAGUGCUGGGGAAAGGGAAUGCACUUGCAAGGAAGGUUACUAUGGAGAUGGAGAUGUAUGUUUGGAAACAGACCCCUGUCUAAAAAGCAAUGGUGGUUGUGACACUAAUGCUCUCUGCAUCAAAACUGGGCCUGAUUUGCAUGCAUGUCUUUGUAAAGUUGGCUACAGUGGAGAUGGAGUCAUGUGUGCCCCACUCAACCUCUGCUGGAAGGAAAACGGAGGCUGUAGCAUUAAUGCCAAGUGUAGGCAGACUGGUCCAGGAGAACGCAACUGCACUUGUUACCAUGGUUACAGGGGAGAUGGUUUCAAUUGUGCAGGCAGCAUUUCCCGUGAGCUAUCACGCCAUCCAGGUGCCAGAUGGUACCGCAGCACAUUGAUUACUGCCAAGAUCAGAGAUAUUUACUCAAAAGGACCUCUAACAGUCUUUGUGCCACACAGUGAUUACGUUGAAAACUCAACAAUUACUCUGGCAUCAUGGUUCAAUGCAAGUCGAGCUUCUGACUUGUUGAGGUACCAUAUUGUGGGCUGUGAGGAGCUAACUCUGACUGAUUUGAAGUCCAUAGAUACAGUAGUGUCUGUAUCUGGACAUGAACUGAAGUUCAGUGUUAAAGAGGGUGUCUUGUACCUUAAUGAGGAUGCAAAAAUAGUCCAGAGUGACCAUUUGAGCUCAAAUGGAGUUAUACAUUUCUUAGACAAAAUCCUAACCCCAUACGAUUUGAGCUCAAAAGCAGUGAUAUCACCAAAGUUGAACGUGACCGCAGCAGCAGAGGCAUAUGGUUACAGCCAAUUUAGUAAACUGCUAAAGGACACAAACCUUGUCACAUUGGUGGAGAACAAAAGGCUCCAGCCCUUCACAAUGUUCUGGCCCUCGGAUGAGGCCUUAAACUCCCUGUCUGCUGAAAGAAAGACUUGGCUCUACAGUGAGGAACAUCGUGAUAAACUGGAGGCCUUCAUCAAAGCACACAUGGUUCGAGAAACUAAUACGGCGGCAAUUGAGUUACCCACACUUUUAAUUUUGCGCUCUAUGUAUGGGACAUCUAUAUCCAUCAGCUGUGACAAGAGUAAAAUAGGAAAAUUACUGAUCAAUGAUAACGAAGCCAAAAUUAUGGAACGCCACCUGGUUUUUGAUGUGGGUAUUGCUUACGGGAUUGACCAACUUCUUGAGCCACCAAAUCUGGGAUCUCGCUGUGACGGCUUAGAUGACAGGAUAAUAAAUGGACGUUGUGGGAGCUGUUUCAGACCACCUGAUUGCCCAUUCCUCUCAGAAGACACGGGGAAAAAAACAUCAUGCUACAGACACCAUUCAUUCUCUUCGUAUCCAAGGAUUGGUUACAGAUCCUUCCAUUUCUUUGACAGUUACGAUGGUAUUUCCAGGUUUGGCUGUAGAAAGGAAUGCAAGGUGACAGAAUGGACAAGUCGCUGCUGUAAAAAUCACUAUGGAAGGAGCUGCCAGGUUUGCCCUGGGGGUCUGGAGGCUCCCUGUGGUGUGCAUGGGGACUGUCAUGAUGGACGUUCAGGCACAGGCACAUGCCAGUGCCACCCUGGUUUCAAAGGUUCAUCCUGUGAACUCUGUGUCGACAAGCACUAUGGCUCUAACUGUACAGCAUGCAAUUGCACAGUGCAUGGCAAGUGUGAUGAUGGUAUGGAUGGCAGUGGAAACUGUUUCUGUGAAGAGGGCUGGACUGGAAACUACUGUGAAUCAAAACUGGAAAGCAAGCCAGUUUGCACCCCUGGUUGCCAUCCAAAUGCUGUGUGCCUUCUUGACAACCAGUGUGAAUGUCAGGAUCCAUUUGUGGGUGAUGGUCUGAACUGCACAGCUCCUGAUUUCUGCAGUGAAUACAAUGGAGGCUGCCAUCAGCAUGCAGAUUGUCAGCAGGAUGGCAUCAAUGUUACUUGCUCAUGCAAAACAGGCUACUCUGGUGAUGGCAAUGACUGCUCCCCCAUUGACAGAUGCACUGAGGAAAACGGUGGUUGCAGCGAUUUUGCAACCUGCAUGUUCACAGGACCGAAUGAGAGACAAUGCCAGUGCAAUGAUGGUUAUGUAGGAGAUGGACUGCAGUGCCUGGAGAAGGUGAUACCACCUAUUGACCGAUGCCUGGAGAACAAUGGAGGAUGUGAUCCUCAAGCUUCCUGCAAGGACUUGCAUUUCCAUACAAAAACAGCUGGGGUAUUUCAUUUGAGAUCUCCAGCAGGAAAGUACAAGAUGAACUACACCUCUGCAGAAGCAGCCUGUGAGGCUGAUGGGGCCAUGCUUGUCACAUUCAGUCAGCUGUCUGAUGCCCAGCAGCUGGGUAUGCACUUGUGUGUUGCGGGCUGGAUAGAUGGGAAGAAAGUUGGCUAUCCAAUAAGAUUUCCAUCUGCCAAAUGUGGUGACAACCGUGUCGGCGUCAUUCUAUACAAAGACCCAGUAGACACAAACCGGACAUAUGAUGCGUAUUGUUACAGAAUGCAAGAUGUUGAAUGUGUCUGUAAAGAAGAGUAUAUUGGAGAUGGAAGUUUUUGCAAUGGAAAUCUGGCCAAUGUGCUAGCCAUGAAUGAUAAACUCUCCGCUUUUUACACUGCCAUGUUGACAUAUGCAAACACAGCUGAGGAAGGACAGAAUCUGAUGAACUUCUUGUCUGCAAGAUCAUCUUUUGCCACCCUGUUUGUACCACAUAAUGAAGGAUUCUCUGUCAAUGAGACGCUGUCUCAAAGAGAUAUGGAGUAUCACGUCUCAAUUAAUAACAGCUUCCACUUCUUUGAUAAUUUGACACACAACUUGGUCAUUCCUUCACGACUGGGGUACAAUCUCACUAUUGUGUUUCCAGCAGAUGAUGCAACACUGUCUGAUCAGAAUUCCAAACCUCGUAAACUUGUCAACAAGAGAACCAUUGUCGACUGGGACAUUCCAGCCAUCAAUGGUAUUAUCCACAUUAUUGAAGGACCAUUAAAAGCACCCCCCGAACCUGUGAAACCAUCUCCUCAUCCCCAGUCUGGGGGGGUCUCUGGUGUUCCCAUUAUGAUAACACUCUUUAUACUCCUUGCUGCUACUGGUAUGGCAUACUAUGUGUUCAGGUACAAAAAUGAUGCUUUCCGUUUCCAGUAUUUCAAGAAUGAAGAUGACGGUGGUCCUACACCGGAGGGCACUAACCCUGCUUUGGUUUCUAUUCCCAACCCCUGCUAUAGUGGCUAUACAGCCUUUGCAGAACCCUUUGAAGAUUCAACCAAGACGGAGCAUGCUGGGGCACAAAACCUCCUUGAAUAAUUCAGAAUCAGCCACACCAUUUCUGCAAAAGAAGACUUCAGAAACAAACAUGUUUUAUAGAAUGCUACAGUAAAUGAGUGAAAAACGUGGAAUGGUGGAACAUUCAUCAAUAAAGCUUGAAUAUUCCUACUGCAAGAGUAUAA